GUAGCUUUGCAGAGAAGACUUACGAGUGGAGCUCAGAGGAGGAGGAGUCCGUGAGGAAGGCAGGGCCAGUGCAAGUCCUCAUUGUCAAAGAUGACCAUUCCUUUGAACUGGAUGAAGCUGCGCUGACCCGCAUCCUCCUCUCAGAGGCUGUCAGAGAUAAAGAGGUCGUGGCUGUGUCCGUUGCUGGAGCUUUUAGAAAAGGAAAAUCUUUCCUGAUGGACUUCAUGCUGCGGUACAUGUACAAUAAGGAAGCAGUGGACUGGGUUGGAGAUUACAACGAGCCUCUGACUGGCUUCUCCUGGAGGGGAGGGUCUGAACGGGAGACAACCGGCAUCCAGAUAUGGAGCGAGGUUUUCCUGGUGGACAAGCCUGAUGGUAAAAAGGUCGCAGUGUUGCUGAUGGACACGCAGGGGACCUUUGACAGCCAGUCCACCCUGCGGGAUUCAGCCACCGUGUUUGCCCUUAGCACAAUGAUCAGCUCGAUACAGGUUUACAACUUGUCCCAGAACGUGCAGGAGGAUGAUCUGCAGCACUUGCAGCUUUUCACCGAGUACGGCCGGCUGGCCAUGGAGGAGACAUUCCUGAAACCUUUCCAGUCCCUUAUAUUCCUUGUUCGGGACUGGAGCUUCCCGUACGAAUUUUCCUACGGAUCCGAUGGUGGUGCAAGGUUUUUGGAGAAGCGGCUGAAGGUCUCGGGAAAUCAGCACGAAGAGCUGCAGAACGUCAAUUCCUGCUUCACCAAAAUCUCCUGCUUCCUCUUACCUCACCCAGGCCUGAAAGUCGCCACCAACCCUAAUUUCGAUGGAAAACUGAAAGAAAUAGACGAUGAGUUCAUCAAGAACUUGAAGGUUUUGAUUCCUUGGCUUCUUAGUCCCGAGAGCCUGGACGUUAAGGAGAUCAAUGGGAACCAUAUCACCUGUCGAGGCCUUGUGGAGUAUUUUAAGGCCUACAUCAAGAUCUACCAAGGGGAAGAAUUACCGCACCCAAAGUCGAUGCUGCAGGCCACGGCAGAAGCCAACAAUUUAGCAGCAGUUGCCACUGCCAAAGACACCUACAGCAGGAGAAUGGAAGAGGUCUGUGGUGGGGACAAGCCCUUCCUCGCCCCUAGUGACCUCCAGACCAAGCACAUGGAGCUGAAGGAGGAAGCCGUGAAGCUGUUCCGUGGGGUGAAGAAGAUGGGUGGGGAAGAGUUCAGCCGCCGCUACCUCCAGCAGCUGGAGAACGAGAUCGACGAGCUCUACAUCCAGUACAUCAAGCACAACGACAGCAAGAACAUCUUCCACGCUGCCCGCACCCCCGCCACGCUCUUCGUGGUCAUCUUCAUCACUUACGUGAUAGCUGGAGUCACCGGCUUCGUUGGCUUGGACAUCAUAGCCAGUCUGUGCAACAUGAUCAUGGGCUUGACACUUAUCACACUGUGUACCUGGGCAUAUAUCAGAUACUCUGGGGAGUACAGAGAACUGGGCGCAGUAAUAGACCAAGUGGCCGCAGCGUUAUGGGACCAGGGGAGCACGAACGAGGCCUUGUACAAGCUGUACAGCGCAGCAGCGACCCACAGACACUUGUACCACCACGCCUUCCCCGCACAGAAAGCGGAGCCCGCCGAGGGCUCGGAGAGGAAGAAGCUGUAAGCCAGGCGCGUCCCCGUCGGUGCCCGGAC